CUUCGAGCGACCUUAUUUGACCUCAUCCCAGCCUCAGCUCUCUCUCUCCCGGCGACUCUCCCAGCAGCAUCCUUCCCUUGACCUCUCGUGCGUGGCGACCCCGGGUCACUAUGGCGUCGGGGGUGACCAUGAUAGCGGUGACCUGCGUGACCUUCCUGGUUGGGUCGACUCUCGCUGACCCCAUCACGAGGUACAAUCCCACGCGGCCCAAAGCCUUCGACUUCGCAGCAGACGCAGAACAAGUAGUGGGGGAAAUCCACGAUAACUUCACUUGCGACAACCGGGAGUAUGGGUAUUAUGCCGAUCAAGGACAUGACUGCCAAGUCUUCCACAUCUGUAUGCCAGUCAAAACUGUCACUGGCAGAAUUCUUGAUACUUUCCAGUUCAGCUUCUUCUGUCCAAACCAAACUCGCUUCAGUCAAGACUCUCGCACUUGCAUCAGUGAGGAACAGGCUUACCCAUGUCACAAGGCACAUACCUUGUACGACUUGAACAAGGCAAUAGGACAACGCCCAUCGAAGAAGAAACCCGUUGGGGUGAAGGAGACAGCUGGGGCUACCCACAGGUUUAGCUCGUCUUCCUCCUCGUCUGGGUCCCAAAGCACUUCGUCUGCAGAAGACAGUAGUUUUACGUCGUCUUCCAACCAUCAUUCCUCCAACAAUGCUCUGCUUGUGGAAGAUUCGGUUACACCGGUGCACAUUAACUCAAAUCUGAACAUUGGAGCUUCAGUAGUACCUGCUUCCCAACCUACAAGCUCUUCUGGCUUUUCUAGGUCAUCCAUUAGUGCCAGCCAAAGUAGGUUGACUGGUGGUCAGUCCUCUUCAUUUAAUACAAGGCUAUCCAGUGAUGCUCAAAGCCAGGCUACAGUUUCGUCAAACACUGGUAGUUCACAAGCGGAGCACAAGGAAAACACAGAACAGUCCAGCAACUCGAGAGAUUUCACUCACUUAUCAGUCAACUCUGAAUUCACUAAACCUAUUAUACCACCAGGAUCACAAAUACUUUCUACAGUGUCCAUAAAUCGCCAAAAUGCACUAAUCCAAAAAUUGGAAAAGGAUCAUGAAUCAUCGAUAACGAAUAGCGAGUCCGACACACAAGGCCAUGCAGGAGCACAGCAGUCAAAUACAGCAUCAUUUUCUCACUCCAACACUGAAAAUAGACGUAUAUCUACUUCAGGCAAUUUUGCAUCAACUUCUGUGACUUCUAAUAAUCGGGGGUCCAGUCUUGUGUCAAGCAAUGCACAAAACGAAUCUCCUAACUUCAGACCACUAACAGUAAAGGGAACACAAAAUGUAAAUUCAGUUAGACUUACCACUACACAGAGACAAACUACUGCACCUCAGGUACAGCCUCAAGUGAAGACAGAGCAAGGUAAUGCUGGGCUCUCCUCUUCCAUCACAAUCCCGGGAUUCUCUGCUGGAAUAGUUAGGGUUGAUGGAGAAACCUUAACCAACAGUGGUUCAGAUGUUGCUCAUGCUGAUCAAGAUUUAGAUGAUAUUGACAUCUCAACUGAGGAUUAUGAAGCUGAUGAUGAAGAAUACAUUACUACUGAAACCCCUUCAUUGGCAUCAGGAAACUUUGGAAAUUCUCCAUUUGGAUUAGCUUUCACCAAGGGAUCUACAGGUUCAGGAUUACGUGGAUCAUCCUUGUCUGUAAACAGUCAGAGAAAUAAUGCAGCUGGUUUUAGCUCAUCCUCCAGCUUCCAUGGGUCUUCUAAUGGGCAAGGAACUAGUGCAGGAUUCACAUCUUCAAGCGUAUCUGGUAACCAGGGGUCUAGGGUAAAUACAGGAUUCAGUGGUACUCCUGUGUCUGUCACACAGGGAUCUAUUAGAACUUCUGUGUCUAACACACAAGGAUCUAGAGUAGCAUCCAUUGGAACUUCUACAACUAACUCCCAAGGACAAAGGGGAACAGUGAGAUUCAGUGGCCAAUCAGCAACAAAUGCCCAAGGAUCUAGGGGGACUUCAACAUUUAGUGGAGCAUCUGCUGGCACUCUGGGAUCUACCAGCUCAUCAGGAUUUGGUGGAGUAUCUGCAUCUAACACAAGGUCUCAAGGAACAGCAGGAUUCAAUGGAGCAUCUACAUCUAACACCCAAGGAUCACAAUUGGGUGGAGUAUCUGUUUCUGGCACACAAGCAUCUAGGGGAACAGCAGGGGCCAGUGGAGCAUUUGUAUCAACUACACAGGGAUCUAACUUCCAAGGAUCUCGAGGAACAGCAGGAUUCAAUGGAGCAUCUACAUCUAACACCCAAGGAUCACAAUUGGGUGGAGUAUCUGUCUCUGGCACACAAGCAUCUAGGGGAACAGCAGGGGCCAGUGGAGCAUUCGUAUCAAGUACACAGGGAUCCAAUUUCCAAGGAUCUCGAGGAACAGUAGGAUUCAAUGGAGUAUCUGGAUCUAAUACCCAAGGAUCUAGAGGAACUGCAGGAUUUAGUGGGACAUCAACAUCUGGCACACUGGGAUCUACCAGCUCAUCAGGAUUUGGUGGAGUAUCUGCAUCUAACACCCAGGCAGCAAGGGGCACAGCAGGAGUCAGUGGAGCAUCUGUGCUGAGUGCACAGGGAGCUAUUAGAACUACUGUAUCAAAUAUACAAGGAUCUCAGGGAGUAUCUACUGGAACAACCACAACCAAUACCCAGGGGUCUCAAGGAACAGCAGGACUCAGUGGUGCAUCUAUAUCUAACACCCAAGGAUUACAAGUGGGUGGAGUAUCUAGGGGAACAGCAGGAGCCAGUGGAGCAUCUGUAUCAACUACACAAGGAUCUAGCAGAACUUCCGUAGCCAACGCCCAAGGAUCAUUGGGAACAUCCACAGCUAACCUCCAAGGAUCCCAAGGAACAGUAGGAUUCAGUGGAGUAUCUGGAUCUAAUAUCCAAGGAUCUAGAGGAACUGCAGGAUUUAGUGGGGCAUCAACAUCUGGCACACUGGGAUCUACCAGCUCAUCAGGGUUUGGUGGAGUAUCUGCAUCUAACACAGGGUCUCAAGGAACAGCAGGAUUCAAUGGGGCAUCUACAUCUAACACCCAAGGAUCACAAUUGGGUGGAGUAUCUGUUUCUGGCACACAAGUAUCUAGGGGAACAACAGGGGCCAGUGGAGCAUUCGUAUCAACUACACAGGGAUCCAAUUUCCAAGGAUCUCGAGGAACAGUAGGAUUCAAUGGAGUAUCUGGAUCUAAUACCCAAGGAUCUAGAGGAACUGUAGGAUUUAGUGGGGCAUCAACAUCUGGCACACUGGGAUCUACCAGCUCAUCAGGAUUUGGUGGAGUAUCUGCAUCUAACACAGGGUCUCAAGGAACAGCAGGAUUCAAUGGGGCAUCUACAUCUAACACCCAAGGAUCACAAUUGGGUGGAGUAUCUGUCUCUGGCACACAAGCAUCUAGGGGAACAGCAGGGGCCAGUGGAGCAUUCGUAUCAACUACACAUGGAUCUAGCAGAACUUCAGCUGCUAAUGCCCAAGGAUCAUCAGGAACAUCCACAGCUAACUUCCAAGGAUCUCGAGGAACAGUAGGAUUCAACGGAGUAUCUGGAUUUAACACUCAAGGAUCUAGAGGAACUGCAGGAUUUAGUGGGUCAUCAACAUCUGGCACACUGGGAUCUACCAGUUCAUUAUCUAGCACUCAGGCCUCUAGGGGAACAGUAGGAUCCGGUGGAGCAUCAGUCUCUGGCACACAGGGGGCCAUUAGAAUAACUGCCUCAAAUGUACAAACAUCCAGGGGAACAUCUUCUGGAACACCUGCAAACAGCCUCCAAGAGUCCCAAGAAACAGGAGGCUUUAACAGAGUAUCUAUAUCUAACACCCAAGGUUCUAGAGGAACUGCAGGAUUUACUGGAGCAUCUACAUCUAGCAGCUCUGCACAAGGAUCUACAGGGACAUCCACCAGCUUCCAAGGGUCUAGAGGAACUGUAAACUUCAAUGGAGCAUCUGUAUCUAAUACCCAAGGAGCUAGGGGAGCAUCUGUCUCUGGCACUGUAGGUUCCACCAGUUCAUCAAACCUCAGUGGAGGUUCAGUAUCUGGCAGCCAGGCAUCUAGGGGAACUGUGGGAUUCAGAGGAGCCUCUGUCUCUAGUGCACAGGGAGCUAUCCAAACUACAGCAUCUAAUGUACAGGGAUCCAGGGGAACUGCAGGGUUUAGUGGAGCAUCUACAUCUGGCACACUAGGAUCUACUAGUAUCUCAGGAAUAAGUGGAGCAUCUCUUUCUAGCACACAGGGAUCUAGGGGUACAGCAGGAGCUACAGGAACAACUGGAGCUACAUUUAAUACACAAGGAUCUAGAGGAACCUCUGGAUUCAGUGGAGCUUCCAUAUUGAACAGCCAAGGAUCCAGAGGAACUGCAUCUGCAUCUGGUACACUGGGAUUAAAUGGAGUAUCUGCUUCGAAUGCCCAAAUAUCUAGGGGAACAGCAGGAGCUAGUAGAGAAUCCACUGGUACAUCAACAGUCAACUUCCAAGGAACAGCUGGAUCUACUUCUAACACACAAGGGUCUACAGGAACAUCAGGUUUACGGGGAACAUCUGUUUUGAACGCCAACAGCAGAACAUCUGUAACCAAUACCCAAGGAACCUCACAUGUUAAUGGUGUACUUGUGUCUAAUACACGAGGAUCAGAGGCAAAUUCUCAAAUUAAUCAAGGAGUGCAGGGUUCUACUAAUGCAGCUGUAUCCACUACAAGUUUUGGAUCAAGAGGCUCAUCUAACAUUGGUGUUGCUACUCAAUCAGUAACCAAGAACCCAGGAUCACGGGUAACAACUCUCUUAGUAAGCAAUGAAGGGGAAAAGUCUUCUUCAAAACUCAGAAGUUCUACAGAAAGUCAAGGACUAACAAGCUCAACUGCUCAACACCAAUCUGAAUCACAAGGGUCUGAAGCAUCUGGACUUCAUGGGUCAGGAGUGCAUGGGUCAGUAUCUUCCGGAAUCAGGGGGUCUACAGCUUCUGAAGUACAAGGGUCACUUAAUACAGUUCAAGGAUCAAUAUCUAUAGGCAAUCAAGGGUCCCUUGCAGGAUCACAGGGAUCAGUAUUGGUAAGAGGCCAUGAAUCAGGUUCCUCAGCAGUUCAUGGAUCUUCUUCAAGUCAUGGAUCAGCAUCAUCAAGUGUUCGUGGGUCAGCUUCUUCGGGUGUUCGCGGGUCCACUUCUUCAGGAAUUCGUGGGUCAGCUUCUUCUGGUGUUCGUGGGUCAGCUUCUUCUGGUGUUCGUGGGUCAGCUUCUAUUGGUGUUCGUGGGUCAGCUUCUUCAGGUGUUCGUGGGUCAGCUUCAUCAGGUGUUCGUGGGUCAGCUUCUUCAGGUGUUCAUGGCUCAGCUUCGUCAGGUGUUCGUGGGACAGCAUCUUCAAGUGGAACAGCAUCCUCAGUAUCAAGAACAAGAGGAUCUGAGCUGUCUAGUACUCAGUCCUCCUCCACUAUUUCAAGCAGUCAAGGAUCCAGAUCACCUGUUACUAGAAACAGAGGAAAGAAGAAGUUCCAGCCUAGCACCUACCUCUUGCAGGGAUCAUUAUGGAAUUCUGGAAAUACUCAAACCUCUGUCAGGCAAAGCUCAGCUGCUGCUUCUAUUCCAAGGGGAAAUCGCAGGUUUCGUACAUCAAGUGGACGCCACAGUUCUUCCUCAAUCAACAGGAAUUCUGCAAACAAUGAAGUAAGCAAGACAGAAUCUGUAAAGGAUUCGUCUGCUAGUUUCUCAUCCUUUGGCACUCAGACUUCUAGGGGAACAGUAGGAUCCAGUGGUGCAUCUGUGUCUGGUGCACAAGGAGCUGUUAGAACAAAUGCUCAGAGUUCUAGCACAUCUUCAAACCUUGCAAGUAACACAGGUUCACGUUCAAAUAUCCAGAUUUCAAAUGGCUCCUUCAGGUCUAGUGGUUCAACAAGUGGUUCAACAAGUGGUUCAACUAACUUUCAGAGAUCCACAACCCCUCGCACUGUUGUAGAUUCAUUAGCAACUGGCCAAAGAUUUCAUGGAUCAUCACUAUCUCAAGGUACAUCAAGUUCCGUAACAAACACCCAGAAUUCCGGAUCAUCAAGGAAUCAGUUAUCUUCAAACUCAUUUACAGUACGUGGAUCAUCUCAGGUACAAAACAACCAAAUUUCAAAAACCGUUUCUCUUGAUAUACAGAAAAACCAAGCCUCUUCUCAAGGUGAUGAAAUUGGGGAAAUUGAUUUGGUAACAACUACAGAGAAUUAUGAUUAUGAAGUGAACACAGAAUAUGAACUGACAACUGACUCAACUUUUGAGGAUUAUGAAACUGAGACUACAGAGGCUCCUGUACAGAUCGUGUCCACAAAUUCUCGUAGGAACCAGGCAAGAGCCUUUGGCUCCCGCGGUAACUUCUUUGCAAGUAAUUCUUUAAACUCUGCCCGCAACACUAAGACUACAAUAAGGAACCAAGUCACGCCAGCACCUAUUGUGAAGCAGGCUACUUCUACUGAUGCUUCCUUAACCAAUUCUCAGGUAUCAAAACCAACAACACCAUCCUUUAAUACCAGAACUUCUCCUUUGAAUGGCCCAAGAAUAACAACAACAGCACCUCUAAUAAAUAACUCAUUCAGAAGGACCUCAAGCCGUCAACGUUUAACCAGCAGGAAUAAUGUAGUUACUAAUUCUCAAACUACUGCAGAAUCAGAGGCCAGUGUUCAAGAAAAUAGUGAAGAAUCUUUUGAUGGCCUUCGUGUGUUUGAAGUUUCUGGAGGAAGCCAAAAUUCACAAGGAAAUGGAAGAACUGUGAUUAAGAAGAAGAUUAUCAUUAAUGGCAGACCAGGAUCACGAAGAACAAAUAACCAGGCAAGUGAGAGUGCUCAAGAGGAAACAACAGACACUGCUUUGGAUAGUAAUCAGUCUUCUAACAACAGGGAAACACUUAGAGCAUCAUCUGUCUCCAGUGCCCAAACAAGGAGUCAGAAUGCAAGAGUGUCUUCCGGAGCUAGUAGGCUAUCAGGAAGGCAAGGAUCAAGGUCAACUUCAAGAUCACGGGGAUCAUCCCGCGCAAGCUCUGUUACCAAUCAAGGAUCAACAUUAACUUCUGACAGCCAAACAGAGGAAGAAAAGAAACGCACUCGGGCAUUAGAUGCUCUAGCAAGAUUUAACCCUGGGCUUGGGAAUUCACAGUUAUUGUCGGUAAGGUUCAUCCCAAAUAAGAAAGCCGAAACAACCAAAACAACCAGCAAUGACAUUGGAUCACGUGGUUCGACAAAAUUUACCUCACGCCGUCGUGGACCCUCAGCACCAACUGCGAGUCAGGAAUCUGCCACAACAACAGUAGCACCAAACUCACAAGAGGCUACUCAGGAUUCAGAAAGUGAUGCAAAAGCUCAAAGGGCACUGGCAGCAUUACAGAAUUUUAAUCCAGGUGCCGGCAAUGCUAGGUUACUCUCUGUAAAGUUCACUCCCAAUAACAAUAGAAAUAGCCAAGUAUCCACUAACCAACAGUCAAGUGUUCGUAGCUCCUCCAGAUCUUUUGAAAGCCGCAGCCGAGGUAACUCCAGGGUAUCCAACAGCAUUACAACCACAGUGCCUCCUCAGCCCACCACAACGACUGCUGCUCCCCUUCGAAGACUCAGAACAAACAACAGAAGAGUUGUUGUCCGUAAGAGGAUCGAAAAUCAGGAAAGAGACAGUUCUGACUCUGAAGAUUCAACAACCAUUUCCACCUCUUUCAACAACGGAAGAAGAGGUAGUACAAGAUUCAGGAAUUCAGGCAAUUCCCGCAGACGAGUUAUCACAAGAAUUACUCCCGUUUCUGAUAGUGGCCUGCAGGCUGAAGAUGAAAACGCCAGCUCUCAGGAAAGAACAUCUAAUUCAUUCUCUUCAUCCUCCUCUUCAUUCAACACCCAGUCAGCAAGCUCAUCUAAAACAGAAUCUUCUACAGGAAAUGCAGAACCGUCACAGAUCACAGAUAUUCCCUCAGGCUUGAAACUCCGGGUUGUUGGGACGAGCAUCAAGUCGAGCGUUUCAACAAAUACAGACGGUGGAAAAGUUGAAAGUUCCUCUUCGUUUUCUCAAAGUAGUGGAUCCUCGAGAUUUUUCUCUACCUCGAAUGUAUCCAGAAGUUCGACGAAGGACUCCAGUGAACCUUUAACUGAUCUGGAACUGGAGGCUCUCUCAGCCCUGGCUCAAGUAAACACAGGAAUUGGGUCGAAUGACGAAAUCACCAGAAGUAAUUCUAGAAGUACAUUUCGAUCGAGGUCUAGAUCUUCGUUUUCUAGAUCGAGAAAUUAGGUUCUAAUUACAAUGAUAUUCCUUUGCCAUAUAUCUUAUAUCUUGCAUUUAAUAGGUUUUAAGAAUUGAAUGUUUAUAUCAUUCGCUUGUCAUGGCCAUCGUUUUACACAGGGAGCAAGUGAAGUGCUAUAAGAUAACAUGAUUUAAACGUUAUGUAUUAACAUUAUCUUUGUAUUGUUGAUAUGUAUCUCUAUGCAUUGUAUAAUAUUUGACAGUAUUAAAACA